GAGCUACCGAAGCCAGCACCUGGGGAGGAGGACCUGGGAGGAGGCCAGGCCGUCAGGUUUCUCCACCUUGAACGCGACCAGGGCGCAGCUCCACGGGAGAUUUCUGUACGGCUGGCGACCCCAUCCCUGGCCACUCGGCCUCAGGCCCGUGACCUUGACAGUAACAUUGGCGAGACAAGCAGAACGUUCUUGCCGGAGAUGAAUAUUUAAUUCCCAGACUCGGGGUUGGUGCUCGCCCUAAUUUGGGCAUAGAGCGGAGGAACCCUUCCUCCCUCGAGGGAAGCGCAUCUGGGAACGGGAAGGCAGAGGUCUCUGGAUGAGCAAGAGCUGACGGAAGCCUAGCCCCGCCUUCUCUGUGUGCUGGGGAACAGGGCUGCACGGCCCCCGUGGCACCCAUGCCGAAGAACAGCAAGGUGACCCAGCGUGAGCACAGCAAUGAGCACGUCACCGAGUCCGUGGCUGACCUGCUGGCCCUCGAGGAGCCUGUGGACUAUAAGCAGAGUGUACUGAAUGUGGCUGGCGAGCCAGGUGGUAAGCAGAAGGCAGCGGAGGAGGAGCUGGAUGCAGAGGACCGGCCAGCUUGGAAUAGCAAGUUGCAGUACAUCCUGGCCCAGAUUGGCUUCUCUGUGGGCCUUGGCAACAUCUGGAGGUUCCCCUACCUGUGCCAGAAGAAUGGAGGAGGUGCCUACCUGGUGCCCUACCUGGUGUUGCUGAUCAUUAUUGGCAUUCCCCUCUUCUUCCUGGAGCUGGCUGUGGGCCAGAGGAUCCGCCGUGGCAGCAUCGGUGUGUGGCACUACGUGUGUCCUCGCCUGGGAGGCAUCGGCUUUUCCAGUUGUAUCGUCUGCCUCUUUGUCGGGCUGUACUACAACGUGAUCAUCGGGUGGAGUAUCUUCUAUUUCUUCAAGUCCUUCCAGUACCCACUGCCCUGGAGUGAAUGUCCCGUCGUGAGGAACGGGACUACGGCAGUGGUGGAGGCAGAGUGUGAGAAGAGCUCGGCCACUACCUACUUCUGGUACCGAGAAGCCUUGGACAUCUCCAACUCCAUCUCGGAGAGCGGGGGUCUCAACUGGAAGAUGACCCUGUGCCUCCUCGUGGCCUGGAGCAUUGUGGGCAUGGCUGUAGUCAAGGGCAUCCAGUCCUCAGGCAAGGUGAUGUAUUUCAGCUCCCUGUUCCCCUAUGUGGUACUGGCCUGCUUCCUGGUCCGGGGGCUGCUUCUGCGAGGGGCCGUCGAUGGCAUUCUACACAUGUUCACUCCCAAGCUGGACAAGAUGCUGGACCCCCAGGUGUGGCGGGAGGCAGCCACACAGGUCUUCUUCGCCCUGGGGCUGGGCUUUGGCGGCGUCAUCGCUUUCUCCAGCUACAACAAGCAGGACAACAACUGCCACUUCGACGCUGCCUUGGUGUCCUUCAUCAACUUCUUCACGUCUGUGCUGGCCACCCUCGUGGUGUUCGCUGUGCUGGGCUUCAAGGCCAACAUCAUGAACGAGAAGUGCGUGGUCGAGAAUGCAGAGAAAAUCCUGGGGUACCUCAACUCCAAUGUCCUGAGCCGGGACCUCAUCCCGCCGCAUGUUAACUUCUCCCACCUUACCACCAAAGACUACGCCGAGAUGUACCGUGUCAUCAUGACCGUGAAGGAGGACCGCUUCCCAGCCCUGGGCCUGGACCCCUGCCUCCUGGAGGAUGAGCUGGACAAGUCCGUACAGGGCACGGGCCUGGCCUUCAUUGCCUUCACCGAGGCCAUGACGCACUUCCCAGCCUCCCCGUUCUGGUCCGUCAUGUUCUUCCUGAUGCUCAUCAACCUGGGCCUGGGCAGCAUGAUCGGGACCAUGGCAGGCAUCACCACGCCCAUCAUCGACACCUUCAAGGUGCCCAAGGAGAUGUUCACAGUGGGCUGCUGUGUCUUUGCAUUCUUCGUGGGGCUGUUGUUCGUCCAGCGUUCCGGAAACUACUUUGUCACCAUGUUUGAUGACUACUCUGCAACCCUGCCACUCACUGUCAUCGUCAUCCUCGAAAACAUCGCUGUGGCCUGGAUUUAUGGGACCAAGAAGUUCAUGCAGGAGCUGACUGAGAUGCUGGGCUUCCAACCCUACCGCUUCUAUUUCUACAUGUGGAAGUUCGUGUCCCCACUGUGCAUGGCCGUGCUCACGACAGCCAGCAUCAUCCAGCUGGGGGUGACGCCCCCAGGCUACAGUGCCUGGAUCAAGGAGGAGGCUGCGGAGCACUACCUGUACUUCCCCAGUUGGGCCAUGGCGCUGCUGAUCACCCUCAUUGCCGUGGCGACCCUGCCCAUCCCUGUGGUGUUCAUCCUGAGACAUUUCCACCUGCUCUCUGACGGCUCCAAUACCCUCUCUGUGUCCUACAAGAAGGGUCGCAUGAUGAAGGACAUCUCCAACCUGGAGGAAAAUGAUGAGACCCGCUUCAUCCUUAGCAAAGUGCCCAGUGAGGCGCCCUCCCCCAUGCCUACCCACCGCUCCUAUCUGGGGCCUGGCAGCACGUCACCCCUGGAGAACAGCGGCAACCCCAAUGGACGCUAUGGAAGCGGCUACCUCCUGGCCAGCACUCCUGAGUCCGAGCUGUGACCACUGCCCUACCCUUCCUUCCUCCCCCCUCCCCCCCCAACAUACCCAACCUGCCCACUUGCCUGGGUCUGGCCUCUUUCUCCAUGGUGGCCUCCAGGCUCAGGCCAGGCCUUCUGCCCAAGGACAGAGGGCCUGUGUUGUCUCACUCCCUGUCCAUGUCCCAGCAGACUGCUCCCGAUCUGUGAGCAAGGGUCUGCAGACAAGUUUUUCCCUAAUCUUGGCCUCCAACCCAUAACUUUUUGAAAACUUCUCACCAAAUUGCAGCCAUGUAACUAAAACAAUCCGGAAGUCUUGACUCCCAGUAUGGGGGUACUCCAAGUGACCAUUUUUAGAGUCACCCUCACCCCCUGUAGCCUGCCACCAGUGGGUCUUAGGUCUGGGGGAGGAUACCCGUGUGCUGCACAGGGGUGCCAAGAGGCAUCAGGACUAAGGGUUCAAGACGUGGACUUUGCCCAGUCUGCCAAAAGAACAGGACUCAUCAUGCCCAACUUAGUCGGGUUGCUCCCCAGCCAAGACGCUGCCCAGAUGGGGUGGGAACACGAUAUGCCUGCGCUCAAGGACACUGACUUGGUGGGGUGCACAGAAGCUCCCAAAUUCUGGUUUUCGAGGCUAGUGGUGUCUUUGGGCUUGAUCAGAAAACUUAACCGCGGGGGGCGGGGGGGCCCUCUUCAUCGGCUGAAGAGAGAAUCAGUUACUGUCCUAUGCCUGCUAGGGGCAUCUAGGGCGUGCUCCUGGCCCUGCCUGGAAGCACACUGGCUGAGUCAGGAUUUAGCCAUCUCCCAGUUCCCUCCACCCAACUUGGAGCCCAGGGCAGUGGCCUUUCCCUGAGAGGAAAGCGUGAGCUGCUAGGUGAGGUUUCCAGCACAACUUAGACGGUUUGGAGCACAAAUGAAGCACACUCCCUCUCUUCACCUGAAGCUCCAUGAUGCUCUCUUGCGUGGCAGCUUCCUCCCCUGGAACAAGGGUCCCUGGUGUCUUCAAGGGCAUGCCACCAGGAAACUUUGUUCCUAGGGAACAGACAGGUAAUGAAUUUCACUGCCCCUUUGGGCCACCACUCACUCUCCUUGUUGCACAAGCCCAGCCCCCAGUGUCCACCUUGUGUGCAGACACCUUGGAAACCUUCCCCAAGCUUCCCUGGAAUGUGAUGAGCAGAGGUGGCCACUGGAGGCUGCCAAGAGCCAGGCGGAGCCUCUGUCCUGAGGCCCCCCAGGGAGGCUGCAGCUAACUUAACCAUGUCCUGCCCUUCCUUCUCAGUUCCCCCAGGGGACCGGGGAUCUGGGCUAUCCUCAGAGCAGCCUGUGAGAACUCACAAUGGGACAGAAUAAAUGCUUGCAGAGAGAUGGGUGGACGGACGGAUGGACAGAUGGACUGACAGAUUUGUUCAACUCUGGUGGGUACCUUUACUGAGGGUCCUGGUCAUUUUUGUGGCCCUGACUCCCCUUGGUAGUGGGAGGCACAGUUUGGACCUGGGUUCCUUCCUUUGUCCCUAUGUCCCUCUCUAGCCUUCUAUCUCCUUUUCUUACUGGCUCCCCACAUCUCCCCUCAUCUCUAUCCCACUGAGUCCCACCUGCCCUUGUCUUUGAGGUGAGCGGAAGCCCGCACCUACCCAAAGAGAUGAGCUUUUGGGGUGCAGCAUACCAUCAUCAGCCCCCUCACCUGACAACACCGCCUACCUGGCCCCAUGCCUAGUCCCCAGCAAAAUUAGAAAACAGGAAAACCAGGCCCCAGGAUAGACACUCCACUAUCUAUACUCCUAUAUAUGCUAUUUCUAUUGUACAUUCAAUCUGUACAUGUGGGUGUACAUGCUGUGAAAUGACAAACCCAAUAUUAUACUGUGGCUGGUGGACUAUUUUCAUCCUCAGUGCUGUACAGAUCUAUUUUCAUUUGUAUAUUUGAUAUAUUUUUAAUUUUGUAGCGUGGCUGGGCCAGGCCCCAGCCUGCAAACUUGUGGGAGGGGGCUACACUGGGCCUGUCUGCUUGCCUGUUGUGGGCUCAGUAGUGUUCAUUGUAGCCUUUGGCUGUAGGCUGGGCCAUGUCCCAGCUGCAUCUUUGCUGUGUGUUAGAUAUAGGGCCCAGAGCUGGGUGUGUGUGUGUGUGUGCGUGCGUGCGUGUGUGAUUGUGCAUAGGGUGCUGAUUUGUGACUCCCCAAUGCUCACCACUUUCCAAAGACUCCACCUUUCCUCCCUCUUCUCAGCUCUAUGGGUGACGCCUCAGGACAGGAAAUCCCAACCGUGGGGAAAGGCAUGUUUCUUGCUGGUGACUCAUUGUCUUCACACCUUUGGUGGGAAGCAGGGCCUGGCAGGGAGCCCCCAAAUUUAUUUUUCAUCCAACCUUUUGUUGUUCCAACUGGAGUCACAGUCUCAUCUGACAGGAAGAGUGCUGGGUCUCUUAGGAUGGUCAGCUCCAGGGAGGACAUCUUACAGCACCUCUGUCCUUCGUUUGUCCUUGAAACAGUCCCAACUGCUCCAACAGCAAAAGCACAGCUGCCCCGACUGUACUUCUGAGCUCUGUGCUGGCUCCUCUGGGGAGUGGAGGUGGGAUCACCUGACCAUUUGAGAUCCACCCCCCAGCUUCCCUGGAGGAACAGGAGGUGGCCAGAGAAGGCCAGGCACCCAAGGCCCUACACAGGGUCCCCACUGCCACUGGCUUUGGUGCUGUCCAGCAGGCAGGGGGACUCAGGGGCUGUGAGUCACUGAGCUGAGGCAGGGCAGGGAUAUGCCUAUAAGGAGUAGCCUGCCCUGCCUGCCCAUGGGCCCCGAUCACCAGCUUCUUGCUCAGGGAGCCUUCACUGACACAACAUGAAGCCUGAGCCCCACGUGGGAGAGGAGAGGUGGGGCAUGUGAGGCAAUGCAGGUGAGCUUGGUUUCUGCCCUCCAGCAAUAAAUCUGUAGGGACAGACACUGUCUUAGUGCCAGGAAAAGCCCUUAAAGUCAGCCUGUGUGGAGGCCCGUGGCCUGAGGGAUGGGGCCCCAUGCAGGCCUGCAGUAUUACCAGGCAGGGGGCUGCCCUUCUGCCCUUCCUCAUAGCUGCAUUCUACAUCCCCCCCCCCACCAGAUUACCCCCCACUGUGAAAAAGAAGCAAGACUCCUUGUACACCCCUGGGCUCCUCCACCAAGCCCUGAAAUGUGGGGACCUUCACUAGAACCUCGUGGUUGGGGCUGGGGGGAGAGGGUCCAGGGUCCUUUCUCACGAGAAGCCCUGCUUUGUACAGAUGCAAACACACACACCAGGUAGUCGCGUCAGGUCCUGAAACUGGUUCAGAACAGUUCCAGUCCAUGUGUCCCAAGGCUGGUCAGAACCCUGGGUCAGGACCACUCAGCUUAGGGGAGGGGAUGAGGCACUGUCACCCCAGGGCCCCUCUGUUCUCUCCCUUACCCUGGUGUACAAUAAAGUGUCUGUUCUUACCUCC